GUGCGUGCCCGGUCUACGCCUGUUCUAGGAGCCGGGGGAGUCAGCUGUGAACAAGGUGCCAUUCCCACCCUGGGGGCCUUACAGUGAAGGAAAGAAACAACUGAUGCUCAGUGCUGUGGACCAGUGGAGGGGAUUGGUGGGUGCUGCUGAGAGAGGCGCCCUGCAUGCAGCACGGCCUUGGGGAGGAGAGGAGAGAGCCGGAGAGCACGCCAGGCUGGGGCGUGUUGGGGAACACUGAGACGCCCAGCGCCUCGAAACGGAGGGUCCCUGUGUCCCAGCCAGGCAUGGCUGAUCCCCACCAGUUUUUUGAUGACACGAGUUCGGCCCCAAGCCGGGGCUACGGAGCCCAGCCAUCAUCUGGUGGCCUGGGCUACCCCUCCCCUUCCUCCCCACCUGAGGCAGCCUUCCUGGCUGACCCUAUGUCCAACAUGGCGAUGGCCUAUGGGAGCAGCCUGGCCGCUCACGGCAAGGAGCUGGUAGACAAGAAUAUUGACCGCUUCAUCCCUGUCACCAAGCUGAAGUACUACUUCGCCGUGGACACCGUGUACGUGGGCAAGAAGCUGGGCCUGCUCUUCUUUCCCUACCUACACCAGGACUGGGAGGUGCAGUACCAGCAGGAUACCCCAGUGGCCCCCCGCUUUGACAUCAACGCUCCAGACCUCUACAUUCCAGCCAUGGCUUUCAUCACCUACAUCCUGGUGGCUGGCCUUGCCCUGGGGACCCAGGACAGGUUCUCCCCAGACCUCCUGGGACUACAGGCGAGCUCGGCACUGGCCUGGCUGACCCUGGAGGUUGUGGCCAUCCUGCUCAGUCUCUACCUGGUCACUGUCAACACCGACCUCACCACCAUUGACCUGGUGGCCUUCCUGGGCUACAAAUAUGUCGGGAUGAUCGGCGGGGUCCUCAUGGGCCUGCUCUUUGGGAAGAUCGGCUACUACCUCGUGCUUGGCUGGUGCUGUGUGUCUAUCUUUGUGUUCAUGAUCCGGACGCUGCGGCUCAAGAUCCUGGCCCAGGCGGCGGCCGAAGGGGUGCCGGUGCGCGGGGCGCGGAACCAGCUGCGCAUGUACCUGACCAUGGCGGUGGCGGCCGCGCAGCCGCUGCUCAUGUACUGGCUCACCUUCCACCUGGUACGGUGAGCGGCCAGCCUGGCCUCCAGCUGCCACAUUCAUCUCGCCCAACCCGGGCCCGGCUCUCCAGGCCCGCGCCCCUCCCUCCCAGCCAAGGUGCUCUCGUCUCCAGCUGCACACCCCAACAAUAAACCUGAUGGGCUCAGCAUGGCCUCCGCUCCU